AUGAAUGGCUGUUGGACGAUGGAUACUCUCGAUCUCUUUCGCUGUCGUCGUUUUGGAGCAGAUCUUGGCGCACCUCCCUCCGACCACAGCAGAUCUACUCUCAUCUCAUCUUGUCAUCGCAUAGAGAAGAUAAUUAUUGGUAUACAUGGCCUUGAGGUAAGCAGUAUUCUGGGGCAUCAAAUAAAACAAAUUUUCUUAAUGUUUCUUGUCUUGAUUUUCGAUCGGUCAAAGAAUUCACAUUUGAUUUGCUAA